UUUUUGUUUUUAAAAUUUUUAAAAUUAGAGAAGAAAUGGAUUACAUUUGUUUUGAAAUUGACGAAUUUCGUAUUUUUUGACACGGAAAUUGUCAUGUGGCGAUUAUAAUAUAAUUCCACGAGAAAAUAAGUUAACGUCAAAGAUGCUUAAUGACUUGCCCUUUGAGAUUCUUCUCGAUAUCUUCACUUAUUUGGAUUAUAAAGAUCUGAUUUGUUGUGGGCAGUUGAACAGAAGAUUAAGAGAAGCCAGUAAUCAUGAUAGUCCUUGGAGAUUACAAUGCAAAAAGUAUUGGCUUCAAACAGAGUGUCCACCGAGCAGAAGUUGGAAAGAACAUUUUUGGCACUGGUACAAAGAUAUGGGUCGGUACAUUCACUGUUAUGCCAUGAUUAAAUCUGCUUGGGACAAGAUCACCGAUUUCAUGAAUGAAUACUGUCCUGUAAUUUAUAAUUCAAUAAAAGAUGGAGUUUCAGAAGAAGAAUUAAAUGACGCGGAAGAAAAAUUGAAAGUGAAAUUUCCAGAUGAUCUUCGUUGUUCGUAUCGCAUUCAUAAUGGACAAAAGUUAACCUCUCCGGGACUUAUGGGAAGCAUGAGUCUGUACAAUCGUUACCGCUCCGAAUCAUUUUUAGAUUUGUAUACAGCCGUGGCAGGAUUUCAGAAUAGAGACUGUUUACGUGGAUGCAUGCCUCUGACAUUUUGUCUUCAUUCGGCACUGACGCAGUUCAUUGCUCUGUCUGAUGUGGAUGGUUAUGAACCAAACACCAUCUUCUAUUUAAGUCUGGAUCAGAAUGCACUCCAGUAUCGUGCGACCGAUGUGUUCAUUUCGGGUAGAACAUUUUCUGAAUGGUUGACGACAUAUGCUAGACAACUUUGUAAUAACGAAUUUGUUGUGAUGCAUGAUCAACCUUUCAGAUUUUACAAGGAUCUAUCUUGCAAAUUAAAAACUGACUACAUUACUGUUUCGGUGGCAACUUCAUUUUUGCCUGAAUCGAGUAGCAUAAAUCCUCCUUAUUUUUUUCAUGCUUAUCGUAUCACUAUGUCGAUGGACGAGGAUGCACCAAAAUCUGAAUCGUGUCAGUUAGAAACGAGACAUUGGAUAAUAACUGAUGAAAAUGGAGAAGAGAAAAGAGUUGAUGGACCAGGAGUUGUUGGUGAAUAUCCAGUAAUGUUUCCCGGAGCCUCGUUUUCUUGGAUCAGCUGUACAAGUUUCAACACCACUUAUGGCAAUAUGAGAGGCCAUUUCAAAAUGAGGAAUCUGGUGACAGGUGAAAGAAGCAUUGUUGAAUGUCCGGUUUUUCACAUGAAGUGCCUCCCUUACAUAACCGUAAAUGAUUUUCACACAAAGAAGACUUCUUGAAGAAUUCAUUAGCUGAAAGCUAUAUUUUCAAUUAUUGUAUAAAAGAAAAGUCCUUGAUUUGAAUCUAUUUGUAAAAAGGGUGGUAUUUUUAAAGGUUUAAUUUAUUCUAAGUAUAUAAUAAUAUAUUUUGUAGUUUAAAGUAUUUUUGCAUUCUUAAAUAUAUUUUUAAUAUCUGCAAAAAUACAAACGAAAUAAUUAUUUUAAAAUUAUUGUUAUAUUUUCAAAAAUGAAACAUUUACCUAACACUUGUAAAGUGAUUUUAUCAUUAUAUGAAAUAUGGACAAUUGUGUGAUAAGAUAAUUACAAACUGCUAUGAGAGAUCUGGCUUUGAAUCUGAUUCUUUUCCAUGGGUAGUGUGGAUCGUGUAUUUUUCAUCCCUUGCCCAUGUCGACAUGCUCACAUUCACAUCCCCAAUUGGCGGGUUCAUUUGCAACAAGUGCAAUUGGAGCAGAUCACAAAUGCCAUGGCAUCAUAGUUCCACGUGUCUUCAUAUAGUUUAAGAAAAUUUAAUACUUUCAUGUAUUUAUGAGGUCAGACUUUGGUUUAGUAUAUAAUGACGUAUAUAAUAUUUAUACUAAAAGAUACAGUGUAUAAAUACAGAUAUCUUUUACAUUAAUUUUUUAAAAUAAUGCAGAAAAUUACAAUUAAAACAAUUUUAUGAAAUUAAUUUGUUAUAAACAGGAUCUUGCCUUAUAGAUAAUGGGGAAAAUGUGAGUCAUACUUUAUUCCUUUAAUUUUAUUUAUAAAAAUAGUUAUAAAUAUUAAAAAGCAUAAUUUUUGUAAUGGUGUAAGUGAUAUUUGUAUCAGUUAUUCUUAUUUAUUGGCAUUUAAAAUCCAGGGACGCAUCUCUUAAUCCAUUCUACGGACCAUUUAUUUCCUAUUUAUGUAAUGAAAGUUCCUUAGUUCUAUUAAGAUUUAAGUAAAAUUUGUUUGUUAUAAGUUAGUUAAUAAUUGAUUUUAAUAAUUAUAAGUAUUGAAUUAAAUAAAACUUAUUUAUGUCAGAAUUAUGAAGCAUCUUUGCCACAAAAUGAAUUUUGUAUUAAUUGAAAUUCUUAUCACAUUUAAAGUAGUCAUUUUAAGAGGAUUGAAAACAAUGUCACAUUCCACAUCGUAUUAUUCUUCUGCACAUGCUGAUAGAGAUAAAGUGCCUGAGUCAUCCAUAACAGUUAAAAAGAGUUUGGAAAGAGUGACUUAAAUUUCUUUCUCUUGCCAAGAAAGAAAUUAGAGUGGAUGGUUAGACCAAUAUCCAUCUUGUUUGAAAUUCAGAGUAUCUGUUUGCAAAGAUGAAAUGUCUAAAAUGAUGGAAUUUUACAAAAGAAUCCAGAAAAGACUUUUAAUAUUCUAUCCAUUUGUUACUCUGGAUCUAGACUGCCAUGGAUUUUUGGAAUGUCACAUAUUUCAAUUACAUUCUAAUUUUUGCAGCAAAAUACGCUUUUCUAAUUUGUUGGAAGGAGCUUAUUUGUGUUGUUGGAAAAUGAAUAUGUAAAGCUCUAUCCAUAAUUAUAUAUAUGAUCAAGUAAUAAAACUUUAAAAAUAAGAAUUAGUGGCAACAUUUAUAAUACAAGCUUAAAGCUUUAUUUAGAAUAAAAUUAAUAUUCCUGUUCAUCAAUGUAAUGACUUCAUUUAAAAUCUGUGGGAAGUGGCUGUUCCUUUUCUACUUAUGGCUAUGAUGGACUGCCCAGUGUUGUGGAAUUAGGAUUGAUUAGGAAACUUUCCUAAAUCAAGGAGUCAUGAGGACUCUUAUCUGGAGAGAUGGGUGGACUCUCCAAUGUCACUUUGCCAAAAACCUUUUUUGCUGGUCAGGCUAAGUGACAUUGAACAGUGCUGUGAAGCAGUAGAUUACAUCUGAUGAAACAUGGCCAUUUUCUGCUCAAUGCUGGAUUCUCAAGAAAUCCUUGGUAGUUUUUUACCUCCACGUCCAGGUGAAAAUAAAGAUAUUUUGUUUUGACUUUUGA